AAACAAAUCAGGAGGGAUAAAAUAACCGUUAAAUUAAAAAGAUAAAUUUAAAUUUUGCAAAAAAAUUUAUUUACAAAUCGAAUAUGUAAAACUAGUUGAAAUAUGAAUUUCUCAUUAGUGACCCUUCAACCUAUUUAAAUAGUCCAUAUUUAGGAAAAUACCAAUGAUGGGUCACUGGAAGAAAUGUGAAAAUGAAAAGGGCUUCUUUUACUAUUUUAAUACAAGCACUAAUAAGGAACAGUGGGACCACCCAAAAUAUUCUGAAAUCAAACAAGCUCUAGAUGACUGUAAUUAUAUAGCAUUUUCCAGUUAUCGGUUAGCUUUUAAGCUUAGGGUACUCCAGAGAUAUUUAUACACUGAAGAAGUUCCACUGUCAAUAAUAAGUACAAUAUUCCAAAGGCACAAGCUAGGAUGCAAUGAGGGUUCUCUUACAUUGGAAACAUAUGAUUUGGAAGCAGUUUUAUCGGACAUCUACUUUGCUGCUAAUAAAAGUAAUCACACAAACAUUGAUAUUGAUUUUGCCACUGAGUUACUUAUAAAUUUUUUAUAUAAUGUCUUUGAUAGUCAAAGAGAAGGAAAAAUCCAAGUUUUACCUACAAAACUGCUACUGGGACUACUGUGCAAUUUUUCGCAAUUUGACUUGCAUAGAUACAUUUUUUCCUUGUGUGCAGACCAUAACAAUUGCAUUACAAGGACAAAAUUGCAAGGGAUCUUGCAUAAAAUACAACACUUGCUGCUUUACCUACAUGAGGAGAACUAUUUUGGUACUAAAAGUUCAAAUUUGGCUAUUGAAAGGUGUUUUGAGAAAUCUCCAGGUUUGGUAGGAAUAACUGAAGCAGAUUUUAUUGAUUGGUUUGUGUCUGAUAUACAUUACCUCUCAUGGAUUCCGAUAAUACUAAAAUUGAAAUCCUCAGAAACAGUCCUUCAUUCAUCAAAAUGUACCACUUGUAAAACCAGACCGAUUCUCGGAUUGAAAUAUAAAUGUGCCAAAUGUCAAAGCUACACUCAAUGCCAAAGGUGCUUUUUGACAGCUAGAACGAGCCACUCCCACAAAUUGACACACUCAGUAAGAGAGUACUCCAGUGUCAAUAUGAGAAAAGAUAUUAAAGUUGGCUUUUUACAAAAAUUAAGUAAGGUAUUGCAUCCAGAGAGUUACAGGGGUUCUUAUACUGUUAUUAAGCCUAGCAGGCAAUUUUACUCAGAGUUAUCAUCACAAUGUGAACCUUUAUAUGAAAUACCGCCCUUGUCUACACCCGAAUCGCAACUUCAAGGGGUCAUAAGACAGUUGGAGUCCCAAAAUAGAGAACUACAGCAAAUGCUUAUUUUUGGCAACUACAACGAUAAAGAACUAAGGAAAUAUCUUGAUGAGUAUAGGUUUUAUAUGGCAGGGAACAUCAAGAGGUUAAAGGUUCUGAAGAGUCAGAUUAAUAAUGAUUUUAAUAAGCGAUCGAAUUGUGAUAAUAUGUUGUAUGAUCAACUAAGAAGCACUGAAAGUUUAAAUUCCAUGGAUAGGCAAAUGAAAAGUAAUGUUUUUGGAGGAAAACAAUCUGGUGGUUACAAAGUGAAUGCAAACGUUGAAGAUUUUAUUAGAGAUGAUCCAACCACCAAUGAUCAACUCAAGUUGUCUCACACAGGCCUAGACGAAGCCUUGGCCAAACUUCAACAAAUCUUGGCCAAUAACUUUUCUUUAGAAGAGUCAUUGGAACACAUGGACAAUACGAACCUUAAAUUUGCUGUUAACGAGGUGGAAGGGAUGUUGAAUUCUAUUAUUGAUACGGUAGAAUCCAGUAGGUGUAGUUCGGCAUUAACCGGUAAGAUUAAAUGUUGAAAUUAAAAAUGUGUAAUAAUGACGGCCUUAGUUGGUUAGUGAUAUGUACAAGUGCUUUCUAGUAUUGUUACUGAAUAUUAUUAUUUUAAGGUGCUAUCCUAAUUGGUUUUAAUAGAUUGCAACUUUUGGAGAAGUCAAGUAAAAGUAAAGGGAAAUGAAUACACCAGACUUUUAUUUGAAUAAUUUUAACUAUAAUUUUUUUUUUAUUUGAUACUUUUUCUGAUACUUAAUAUUUAAAAUGCAGACAGUUGAAUCAAUUAAUGAUGAAUAUUAAAGAAUUUUAAUGAUAUGAAGGAUUACAGAUAUAUUGAAAUAUCCAAAGUAAUUAAUAAUAAUAUGCCAUUUUGCGUCCGUUGUUUAAUGUGUGGUCUGUCGCAUAUUUGUGGUUACUAGUGCCUAAAUUACUUAUUAACUAUUGGGAAUUUUACUCUAGUUCGGAUUAUUUUAACCGAUAGUAAAAUAAUCAUGUUGAUCAUGAAGUCUCCUAUUCAUUAGCCGUGAAAAACGUUGGUACAAUUUAUGUACACUGCAAUAAUACAAACAACAUACUCUAAGUCAGGGCCGCCGAGAGAAAAACCGGGCCCGGGUCUAAAAAUCCAUAACUUCAAGUUAAUAAAACUAGCCAUGAAAUAUAUGUAUUAAUUAUGUAUAUUUAAUGAUAUUGAAUAUUAAAUAUUAUAUUUCAAAAAUUCAUUGGAAGAUCUAAAAUAUCUCCAAAGAAAAAAUCCAGGGGUGUGAGAUCUGGCGAUCUUGCAGGCCAUUCCGUGGGACCCUUCCUACCAAUCCACUGUCCGGGAAAUACCGCAUUCAAAUAUUCGCGUACCUGACAAGCAAAAUGGGGUGGGACACUACCUGUUGAAACCAAAUAAAUCUUUUUAGUAUAUUAAGCUGAUUUGGAUUUGGAAAAGAAAUUGCGAGAGUCGGAAUUAAGGCAUUUUGAAGAAAUUCUAAAUAUCGGUAAGAAUUUUAUCGAAAAAAAAGCUCCACUAAUUUUAUUAUUUAAAAUCCCUACCCAAACAUUUAAUCUUUGCUGAUGCUGUGUGUGAUUUUCUCUCAUCCAAUGGGGAUUAUUGGUGCUCCAAUAUCUAAAAUUUUUAUGUUACCUCUGGAUUACUUAUACCUCUGGAUCACUAUAACUUCUUUCACAAAAUUUUGAGCAAAAAACAGCAUUUUUUCAGCUUUUCACGAAAAUAUUCCACCUAAAUAACAACCUGGUACUUAUUGCAUUAAAACUGCAAGGCUUGGUGUGGGAUGGGAAAAAACUCGGUAGCUGGCAUCCUAACACAUGCUUCUAAUACUCGGUACCAUAAAUAAACCGACAUGCGUUGACGCUAGAAACUUUUGUUUCUAGUUGUAUAAAAUUUGCUCCAUCGUUCCUUUUAUAGGCAAAAGAAGAUGUUUCGUCAUCACAUGCUUGUAGUAAUUAUAAUUAUUAACUUUAAUUUUCUCUUAAUCAACACUUAGUGAUACUUCAACUUUAAUUUAAUUCUUUACUUGUAUUUAAUAUUUAUGCAUUCAAAAAUACGCGUUUUGCUAAUAACUUAUUUAACUUUACAUAAUUUGCCUUACAUAUUUUCCUUUUCCCACCUUUUGUAUAUUCCUGAACUAUACACAUCUUUCCUUAUAUUGAAUACGAAUGCGAAAAGAGUGGGAGAAAAGGAGAAGGUUGUGCUAAGCUGUGAAUUGAGUAGCAGCAAUUCUGGUUUUGACCGAAAACCGAUUUGAUCGAUAAGUGUCGACACUGUUUUACGCGCGUAUUUUUCGGUACGUGACCUACCACACCCAUCCCCAAAAUAUCCAGGGUAAGUUACUUUAUUUACUAAGUUACUUUCUAUUUACGUUUACGAAUCAGCAGGUGAGAGGUUUAGAUUACCGGUUAAAUUCGAAUAUUGAGUCAGUGAAACCUAUGACUUAAGGGUUUUACUUAAUUCCCUCGGGAUAUACAUAUUUCGAAGGAGUUAGCCCAUUUUAGAAGAUAAGAUAAGAAAUAAAGACAACUAUGAAAUAAAUGCCAAAUUUAAUGAAAAAAAUGAUACAUUAGUAGAAACCGAAAGCCUACUAGACUGUCUUUCAGAGUUAGGAUACUUACUUUAAAGAUUCAGCUUUAUUUUGAAUCAAGUAAGAUUGCACUUAACAACAAACAUAGGGUGAUAAAGCAAAUCCGAUACAUUACAGGCGGGAAUUUUGAAUGUGGGCUUUAUGCCUUAUGACCCUCCACUACCUAUAAUUUCUUGUUGAUUUUCUUGGUUUGUAUUAAAACAUCACAUGAAAAAUAAUUUGGAAUUUCGUUCAAAAUGCAAAAUUUAUAACUCUAAUUUCUAUUUCAGUGUCUCUUUCAUUUGCUGCAAUUAUUUAAGUGUCUGCUAAUUAUUUAAGUCACCCUUUACAUUUACUUGACUUUCUACCUAGGCUAUACAUUUUUGUGAUUUAUUGUAAGUUAAAAUAUAUUUUUCUAGGGAAGAAAUAAAUAAAAAAGACUGCAUAUUUUUUAUUUAUAUAAUAAAUAAACUUUUGAUUAUUAAUUUUAAAUGGGAAUACAAAAUAUUACAUCGUGGAAUGUGUGUGUGAAGACGUUAAGCGAAAUUUACAAACGUCACAUUUAACCCUUAAACUAACAAUAGAUAACAGACAAUAUAUAAAUUUAUAUGUAACAUGUGCAUUAUAGUUAUAAUUAUUAAAUACAAAAAUAUAUAUUUUUUUAAACUUUUA